AUGCACAGCGCCUUGAGCUCUGCAGCUGGGACGCAUGCUGCCACUGCGGCGCGCCGGCUGCCGAGUGGCACUGCGCGCACGGCAUAUGUGCCCGUGCUCGCCCGUUCCAGCGGCGGCGGCCGCACAGCCAGCCGCGGCCGCGGCGCAUCCGGCCGCGGCGGCCCCGCCAGAGGCGGUCGCGGAGGGCGCGGCGGGCGCAGCGGGCGCGGUGGCCGGGGCGGACCAUGGCAACAGCGGCGCCGCGAUGGCGGCGGCGGCGCGCCGAGCGGCGGCGGGGCUGGCGGCAUCGGCGGCGGCGAUAUCGUAGUCAUAGGCAAAGCGGAGUCGCGCUACAUUCCAGAGGACGACGAGACCCUUGCGGCGUCAGAGGGCGGAAGCUUCUGGGAAACUGCCUGGAGGGCGGAGUUUGGGGAUGAUGACGAGGAUGAGGAUGAGGAGGAGGGGGAGGAGGGACAGGAUGGGGAAGAGGGGGAGGAUGAUGGGGACGACGACGAGGAAAACUUUGCGGCGGUGCUGCAGGCCCUUGUGCCUGAGCUGGCAGAGGAGGGCGAGACCGAGGCCCAGGCCGAGUGGCGCCACGUGUACACCAGCCAGCGGCUGCCGGCGCCGCGGCUGGGGCCCGUCACGGCCAAGCGGGUUGCAGGCGCGGGCCGCGGGCUGGUGACGGCGGCGGCGGUGGAAGAGGGGGAGCUGCUGAUGGUGGCCGCGCCGCUGGGCAUCCUGUACUGCCCGGAGGGCGCCACGCCAGAAAACGAGGAGUUGGCCGACCACCUCGCCCAAAACUGCACCCUCACAGCCGCCCAGUCCGAAGCGCUCCGCCUGCUGGCGCCCGCCGGCGGCGGCGCGGCGCCCGCGGCGGUGCUGCCGGCACGGGAGCAGCUCGAGGCGGCGGCGGCGGCGCUCGCGGGCGCUGGAGGGGACACGCCCCAAGCGCCCAUAGAUCUGCCGCUGGGGGCUCUCUAUGCCGUCGUCAACGCCAACUGCACGGGCGAGGAGUUUGAGGACCCCGUGCUGUGCGCGCUGCGCGGCUCGGCCAGCUGCGGCCACCUGGGGCUGUGGCCGGCCGCGGCGCUCGCCAACCACUCGUGCUGCCCCAACGCGGUCGGAUACGCGAUCGGGGACAGAUGGGUGCUGCGCGCCGCCGAGCCGCUGGUCCAAGGCGCGGAGGUGACCGUGUCUUACCUCGGAUCGCUCAUCACCGCCCCCUACGAGGAGCGGCAGGCGGAGCUCCAGGAGAAGUACGGCUUCGCGUGCGGCUGCCCGAGGUGCAAGGCGGAGCAGCGGGCCGGGGGAGCGCUGCUGCAGCUGCAGGCUGCAAUAUACAAAGAGUGCGAGGACGAGGUAGGGCCAGCCCUGGAGGCCGCUGUAGAGGACGGCGAUGCUGACGGCGCCGCGGCCGCGCUCGCGCGGCUGCGGGAGCUGAGGGGUCAGUAUGAGUCAGAGAUCAAGGCGGUGAAGGCGAGCGCCAAGGCGCGGCGCUGGAUGCAGGGCCCCGAGACGGAGGCGCUGGCCGAGUGCGCGCGCAUUGCGGCGGCCGUCGUGAAGGGCAGCGACUCCCAUCUGGAGCUAGCAGCAGAGUACAUGGUGCGUGCGGAGGCCAAGUUCGGCCCAGAUCACCAGGAGUCGGCCGACGCCGCCCGCGCCUGCCGCGCCGCGCACAGAGCGCGGUACGGCGGCCCCGCCUGCCUGGGGCCGCGGCUGCUUGAGCUCCUGAUUGACACGCGGGCCGCCCUGGGGAUCGAGGAGGGGCCGGGAGCAGGCGCGUGA